CAAAACAGUAUCUUAAAUGUCAACUAUAAAGUUUUUAUUGACGAGGACAUAAAUACAAGCAGAAUUUGAAUAAUUUGUAUAUCAGUUUAAUAAGCGCAUCUUAUCGUAUCGUUUUCUACAUUUGGAUUUAUUUUGUACGCUUUAAGUUUUUAUCGUUAAAAAUUUGUUUUCGAAGCAUAAAAAAGAGCAAACUCCUGCUUUCGAAAAAUUAUUAGAUUCAAUGUGUAGUUGAAGGAAAAAAAUGGAAUUAUUCAGAUUUUUCUAAACAAUUUAGUGAAUUUAUAUGUACAAUGUAUGUUUGCCAUAUUUGUGGUGUUAAGAAUACAUCUCUAACACCAUUUGCAAAACACCUGUUUCAACAUCUAAGUCAACUUUGUUACAUUUGUUUCCCAUGUACGGAUUUUCUUACAUCAAGAUUCCAAAAAAGUUAUAUGACAAACAAUGUAUUUUUUGUGUCUGAAAAAAAUUCUUUUGAACCUUCUGAGGAUGAAUCUUCAGAAAGAACAACUCAUUUAUGUGGAGAAUGUCAUAAUUGGUUUCCUGAUUAUAAAGAUUUUUUUCUUCAUUUGCAUGUACAUAAGCAAGAGCUUUAUCAAUGUCCUACAUGUGUUUUGUCUUUUCCAACCAAUAUUGAACACAUUCAUGUCGACAAACUGCCUGCAUUUAAUUGCUUGAGAUGUAAAUCAACAUUUGUAGCAGAUCCUAAAUGUAAUAUUUUUGAACCUUUGAUAUUCUGCAACAUAGAGAAAUUGUCAUCACAUGAACCAGAUAUGAGAGUUAUAAACCAACUUGUCAAAGAAUUCAAAUUAUGUUUUACAAUAAAGAACAGAAGUAAAGAAAAUAGCAUUAUUGCCAAUUCUAUCACUAGUACUUCACAUGUUAAAAGCUUUAGUAAAGAAAAUCUUUCAAAUUUAAUUACAAAUUCCUCAUUAAAGGCAAAUGCAAAACCUGUUAAAAGUUUUAAUAAAAAACAAGUCUCAUUAAAAAUUCAUAAUGGUGGUCAUAAUUCAAAAUAUAUAUCCCCAGAAAGGGAGAUAUUAAAUUCGUCUAAUGUAGCUCAUAGUAUCAAUUCAAGCACUCAUGAUAAAAAGGACUCUUGUAAAACUUGUUUUGAAGGAAAUGCUUUUUCAGAUAGCUUUUCUAUGAACAAUUCUCUUUGUUCAAGUACUAGUUUCCAUUCUCCUUCAUCAUGUGGCUCUCCCGAGAUUCAUCAUUGUAUGAAGCAACAUGAAGAUUCAUCCAAGCAUCAAAUUCAACAGACAGUGGAUUAUCCAGCUGUGCCUUACAAGGACAUGAUAGAAUGCAAAUCAUAUGCUAACGAUGCAGAGGGAAACAAUAGUUUGUUAACUAUAAGGAGCUGUCUAUCAUCACCUGUGAAGACUGUGGAAGUUAUUCCAAAUAAGGAGAUAUCUGAAAACAGUGCUUUGCUUAAAAAAGUAUGUUCAAAAAUUUUUUUAAAUUCUUCUGUUUCUGGAAAUUCCUCUCUUUGGACGAACUCUGAUGUAUUACGAAACCAUGAAACACCAUCCAGAAAUAUUGCGAAGUCUCUUUAUAAUCAAAAUUUAGAAACGGAUGCCAUUGCAUCAACAGAUAGUUUUUUAAUUUCAAAUGAUACAGAAUUGCUGAAAAAGAAAGUUCUUAAAAAUUCUGAAAACAAUCAGCUUGCUCUAAUUGACUCGCAGUCUGUUAAGAAUUUUGAUGCUGGACAUGAUAAUUUAUAUAUUCAAAAUAGUUUGACACCUGUGAAUGAUGUGCAAACUCAAACUAUUGAAGUUUCAGGUGAAAAUCAUGACAUUAUGCAUUCUUCAGAUAACUUAAUUUUACAAAAAAAUUCUAAUUCAAGGUUGGAUGGAAAUGGUGCUGUAUAUCUUAGUGGAUUGAAAGUUGGUGAUACUAUACUCAUAAAUUAUAACCAGAACAAAGAAAUUGCAAAAAAUUUAUAUCCCUUCAGGAAAUUUCAGGCUUCAGAUACAGAUGGUUGGCUAAGCAUACCAGUGGAAUUGUUAACACCUUUAGAUUGCAAGCAGAAUGAGGCAGUAUGUUCAAACAAUUCACCUAUUCAUGGAAAUUUCUCCAUGAUUUCAGAUCAAAAUAAAGUUAUUGAUGAUAUUUAUUUACAAUCUAUAAGUGCUAUAGAGUCAAGGAAGCAGCAAGAUGUUUCUUUGAAUAGUUUACAAUGUGUGAAUAUUAGUGCAUCGGAUGGUUUUCAGAAUAAUCAACAUUCUGUUAAUUUGGAGACACUAGGAAGUUUAAGCAUUGGUGAUUCACAGCCAGAGUUAAACAAUUCAGAGCUACUGAAUAAUGAAAAUCUCAAAAGUUCUUCUUAUUCAAAUAAUAAUGCUCCUAAAUAUCAUGAUAAUUUUCAGAAUAGCACUAAACCUGUAAGUAUUUCAUUAUGUAACAGAUCUGACAAUUUAAAUUACAAUAUUUCUGUAGAUGAAAAGUGCAUGAAUAAUGAUUUAUUUGAUGUAGAUCAAAACUAUAAAUGUUCAAAAGUUGCAAACAUUGAUGGUUUUCCAGCAGAUUUAAAUAAUUUGAAACCACUAGCUAAUGAAAACACCCAAAAUACUAUUUAUCCAAACCUUAUGCCCCCUGAACAUAAAGUCGGUGGGAACAUUAAUUCAGAAACAAAUUCAGGUUGUCAAAAAUCGGUAAGAUCUCCUGGAUCUAAAGAUUAUGACAGAGCAGAAUUGUUUGAUUAUGAGGAUGUUCUAAUUGAAAAUCCAUUGCUUAAGGAUUCAAAAGCAGAUCCUAUUCAUUUCAAUUGUUUGAGAUCUGAAAACAAUGAUAGUACAAAAUCAGUGGAAAGAGGUAGUGUAUCUAUCCCAGAUUCUACAAAUAAUAAUUCUAAAAGUGGGACAGAAAAGAAUCAUUGUUCUACAAAGAACGAAAAAGCAAAUCAAGUGUUAAAUAAUUCAAAAAAAUUAUUAGUUGGAUUGACUAAACUGCCCCACUAUGUUCGUAGUUAUCGAACUUACAAGAUUUAUGAACGAUCCCAGAAACGAAAAUUAGCUUUACAAAAAAAGAAAAAAUUGAAAUCUGCAAAUAAAAUUAUUUCAAAUCUAGGCAAUGGUCUUCUAAGUGCCCCCCUUGAGAAUGACAGUUUAGCGAUAGGCAAUUGUAUAAAUGUUCAUAAUGCAUCAACUUUAAUUGAUACAGAAACAGUUGGCAAGGAAAGUAAUUUUCAAUUGCAGUCAUCUUGUGGUGCUAGUCCUACAGAGCUGAUAAGUAUAUCACAUCCUACUAAUUUACAUACAAUGGAAAAUUCUGAAACAAUAGAAAACGAUUUUGUUUCACUUGAUUAUUUAAAUCAACAACCAUUGAAAACUCCUGUGUUCAACAGCCAUGUUAAAGAGGAGUUCAAUAUUUGUAAUCAGAAAUUUGUAGAGCAAGCAAAAACACCAAUUGUAUCAACUUCAGUGGGUGCAGAAACAUCUUACAUAAAUAAUGGUUCUCAAUUGCUGCCAUCAUAUAUUUGUCCACCAGAUGUGGCAAACAAAUAUUCUACAGAUCUGCAUACUGUGGAAUAUGGUUCUGUCGUUGGAAAUUAUGCUUCUCUUCAUCGUUUGAAUUAUCAAUCAGUGGUAACUCCUGUGUCAUUACCCAAGAGCUGUGUUAAACAACAGUUAGAUUUUUACAAUCAGCAAUCAACAGAAGAAAUAGAAAGCCCAGUUAUAAUGUGUGAUAACAACGAGUCUUAUAGAAUUCUUGUAUCAGAUUCUAAUCAAACAUAUGCACAAUCGACUCCUAAUUCUAAUGAAUUAAAUUCUUGUCAGUUAUCUGUGCCAUUAACAAACACUUCAGAAUUAAAUUCUUGUCAUCAGCAGGUGGCAUCAUUGACAGAAAACUCGAAAAGCUGUGAUAAUUUGUUUGAAUCUGAAUUACUGGAUAUUGAGCAAGUACCUGUGCUAAUUACUGAUUCUUCAUCAUCUACUAAUAACACAUCUUGUUUGGAAAUGCUUCACAUGUCUUAUCAGGUGAAUAAUAAAAGUCGAUGUAAUUUAGUAAGUCCACAUCUUCCAAGUACAAGCGAUAGUUUCUACUUAAUGUCUAAUUAUCAAAAUAACUUUGAUGCUGAAUGUUAUCAGAAAUCUCUUGAAAAUAUGGAUGCAUUCUGCCUUUGGAAAACUGAAUAUCAGCUAAAAUACCUCAAGGAUCGCAUUAAACACAUAAAUGAAACUUUGGUUGAAGUUGAGAGUAGACAAAAUGUGAAAUUUCUAGAACCACGAAUUUUGCUGUACAAAUUGCCAGAUUCUGUUUAUGAAAAAUAUUUGAAAAAAAAGCCAAUAAUGUUGACAAAUAUACUACCUAUAAUUACUGAUGUUCAUUCUCUUUCAAGUGAAAAAAAUGGGCUUUUUAAAAUUUAGAUGGACUUUUAAUUUUGGUCAAGAAUUAUAUACUAUAUGUAUAUGCUCAGGUGCCUUGUAUUUUGUUGUGUGUUUUGUAUGUGUCUUGCUGGUUUAUGGCUAUUAAUAAUAUAAUUUAAAUUUCAUGAUCUGCCAUGAAAUUUCAUAUUUUAUAAAUUAACU